CAAUAAAUCAAACCUAUGCCGGAUGCGGUCAUGUUUCCAUGGUACCAGAAUAACGAGGUGGCGGGCAAGCUGCCCGACGACGAUCGCUACGGCAUCCAGCAGUUGUACGGCACCAAGGAGAAGACCUGGGGGCCCUACAAACCACAAACCACAACAACCACAACCACGACGACCAUGCGCGCGAUGAUUUACCGGGCAGAUAAGCCGACCUACUGGCCCUGGAACAAUCCCAGCAACAAUCCCAACAAUGAACGGAAUCGUGCCAGGGAGCGCCAGGAGAGGGAGCGUCAGCGCCAGGAGGAGGAGCGGCGGCUCCAGGAGAAGGAGCGGCGGCGCCAGGAGGAGGAACGGCGGCGACAGGAGGAGGAGCGGUGGCGUCAGGAGCAGGAGCGACAAGAGCACGAGCGCCAAGAGCAGGAGCGACAAGAGCAGGAGAAUCGUCGGCGCGAAAAUGAACAUAAAAGCCAGUGGGAGAGGAAUCCCAACAAGGAACGUAAUCGUCCCAGGGAGCGCCAGGAGAAUGAACGGAGGCGUCAGGAGCAGGAGCGACAAGAGCAGGAGAGACAGGAGCAGGAGGAUCGUCGGCGCGAAAGAGAACGUGAUCGGCAGUUGGAGUGGGAACGUAGGAAUAGGAAUGGAGUUCGGGAACCAGUUACUCCCACGGCCAGAACCACCCCGAGACCCACCAGCAAGCCAUACCCCACGGUUCACCGGCAGCACCACCACCAUAACAAGCCGCGGAAACCCAAGCCGGACUCCUGUAUGACCUACUACGAUGCCAUCUCGAUGAUCCGCGGUGAACUGUUCAUCUUUCGGGGACCGUACCUGUGGCGCAUUGGAACUUCUGGUCUGUAUCCCGGCUAUCCCACGGAGACCAGGAGACAUUGGUCCGCUCUGCCCGAAAAUCUCACCAAGGUGGAUGCUGUAUACGAAAACAAGCAGCGACAGAUUGUCUUCUUCAUAGGUCGCGAGUAUUAUGUAUUCAACUCGGUGACGCUAGCUCCCGGCUUCCCGAAACCACUUGCCAGUCUGGGUCUGCCGCCCACUUUGACCCACAUCGAUGCCUCCUUCGUGUGGGGCCACAACAACCGCACCUACAUGACCAGCGGCACACUGUACUGGCGCAUCGACGACUACACGGGUCAGGUGGAAUUGGAUUACCCGCGCGACAUGAGCAUCUGGUCGGGAGUGGGCUACAACAUUGACGCGGCAUUCCAGUACUCGGAUGGCAAGACGUACUUCUUUAAGAACCUGGGAUACUGGGAGUUCAACGACGACCGCAUGAAGGUGGCCCAUGCCAGGGCUAAGCUCUCGGCACGAAAGUGGAUGCAGUGCGCCCGCAGUGCUAACGAGGUGGACGACGAGCAGCGCUGGACGGCGUCCUUGGUAUCCGGGGAGAACGAGGGCGAGGAAACGGGGAGAAGCGGCUCCAGGGAGCUAAGGAUCAACCACUUCCUUCUUCCGAUCCUUUUGCUAGCCAUCGCCACCUGGCGGAGUUAAGAUUGAAUGUGGAGCGUAGCCUAAGAAAUGUCUAGAACUAGGAGAGAUGGUUUUUGUAACCAAAAAUUAAAGAAGCAUAUUGGUCUGUUAUGAUCUAAUUCAUCAAGGAGCUUGCGAAGUAAAAAACUGCAAAGCUGCAAAUUACUUAGGCAAAAAAAGUGAAACUUAAAUGUAAGCUUGGCCAAUUUUAAAUUGGAAAUCGAAAAGUGUUUACGAUUUAGUUGUAAAUUGUAGCGGCCUGAGCAGAUCUUUAAUAGCAUCUAUACUGCAGAGCGCCACUGUGUGACAGUCUGGCGCUUCAAUGCCCCCAAAGACGACACCGAGCGGCCUUUCCUUAGGUUUAAGGCAAAUAAAUCAACACACCAGUGAAAGUCGCACAUAGAUGACAAAUCUGCGACUUCAAACUGACCGAUUUAUUCAUGGACACUUGCCAAUUGGGCACACUGGCGCCAUCUAUUGGACAAAUAGCAGGGCUGUUUUACCAGAUCUAUACAUAUACAUAUACCGUACAUAUAGGAUAAGUGCACAAGACUAUAAGGUAACUCGUAGUCUACUCAAACGUAGAAACAAAUAUGUUCUAUUUGUACACAGAAAGCAUCGAAAUUCCAAUGUUGAAAUUCGAGACCACUACUGCCUUAUGAA